AAGUAGGGUGGCGGAUGGCGAGAAAAAGAGCGCGCCCCAAGCUUUUGGUGCAAGGGAGAAUAGCCAGCCGAGUUCUUCCAGCGGCCCCUGCAACCACACCCGUGACAGCAGCAGCAGCAGCAGCAGCAGCAGCAGCAGCAGCGGGGGCGGACACUUGUCUGGGCUUCCUGACUCGCGGCACAGCAAGGAAGAGAAAUCGCAGGUCGCCCAUCAAGGUGGAGCAGGCUAUCCCGGAUAUCCCUCAGAGUAAAGCUGAGAGGCUGCGGGCACAUUUAGCAGCACUGGCUGAGGAGAGGGAGGCUGCAGUGAGGGAGUGUGGGGCAGCGGAGGCAGCCGUGGCAGGGCUGUCCUGCCAGCUGGCGUUGCUCGUGACUCAAGCAGAUGCUGAGGCAGAACAAGGCGAUCGAUCAGCUGCUGGCAAUGCAUCUGAUAACGAGAGGGCCCUUCCAGGAGUGCCUGCAGAAAAACCACCUGAAAAAACGCCUGAAGGAUCGUCUGACGAAGGGGCAUCACUGUGGGCGGGCCGUGUGAGCGUGCACAGGCUGACAGCUUGGCACCAUGGGAGGGAUGCAUGUGCGCUGAGAGACAUGGCCCUCAGAGGCUCAACCGCUGUCUCUCAGUCACAAAAUGUUGGCAGGCCUGCCAAGCGCCGUGUGACAGACGAGUAUGACGCGACGGAGGCGUGUGAGCCGAGGGAAAUGGCUCUUAGAGGCUCAACCGCUGUCUCUCAGUCACAGAAUCUUGUGAGAACCACAAGUCAACUCGCUGGUUGCCGUGUGAGAGACGAGUACGACGCGACGGAUGCGUGUGAGCUGAGGGAAACGGCCCUCGGAGGCUCAACCGCUGUCUCUCAGUCACAGGCACAGUCACAGAGCCAGCCGAGUGAGUGCAGCAGGCACCAUGGCAGGGAUGCAUGUGCGCUCAAGGAAGUGGCUCUUAGAGGCUCAACCGCUGCCUGUCAGUCACAGUCACAGGCACAGAGACAGCUGAGGGAUGUCAGCAGCAGAUGGAACUUAGGAGAGAAAGCGUGGCUGGCACGGGGAGGCAUAGCCAAUCUAGCAGAGCGUGGUACUGUUUCAGGUGAUACAGCUGGUACUGUUUCAGGUGAUACUGCUGGCACUGUUUCAGGUGAUACAGCUGGCACUGUUUCAGGUGAUACAGCUGGCACUGUUUCAGGUGAUACAGCUGGCACUGUUUCAAGUGAUACUGCUGGCACUGUUUCAGGUGAUACUGCUGGCAUUGUUUCAGGUGAUACUGCUGGUACUGUUUCAGGUGAUACUGCUGGUACUGUUUCAGGUGAUACUGCUGGUACUGUUUCAGGUGAUACAGCUGGUACUGUUUCAGGUGAUACUGCUGGCACUGCUUCGAGCGACGCAGCUUCUAGGAAACCUGCGCCAGGUUCUCCUUCCAUAGAUCCUCCCUUUCAAACCAGAGAGCUUCUGUGCUCUGCUUCUAGUGGCGCAGAUUUACUAGCAGUCAGCCCUCCUCCUACUGUUCUGCCCACCGAUUCACCACAGCCGCUGACAGUCAACCCCCCACCUAAGGUCAACCUUGGAGGCGCAAACGCACUGACAGUCAACCCUUAUCCUAGAGUCUUGCCAACCAACGCACCUCAGUCGCUGACUGUCUCCCUGUCUCCCGGCAUCUCCUCCCUCUUUGCCUAUGGGCCCAUCCGCACCCUUCCCCACCACUCCCUGCCGCAGCCUCCCACCCUUUCCACCGCUUCUGACCCCCCUGCACCGCUCUCCGCCUUUAACCCCCUCUUCCUCAUCCACCUACUCUCCGCCGCCUUCGGUCUGCUGGUCUUCCGGUUCAAGCCAAAGUUAGCCGACAGGGAGCUUGGGGGCGCAAGAGAGAGAGCAGGGAGAGAGAAGGCAGGGGGCGGAGGGAGGAGUGGAGCAGACGAGUCUGGACGGCUGGAUGCUGCUGCACGUGCUUCUGCUUCUGCAUCUGUGCCUGCACCUUCGUCGAGAACUUCAACAGGAGCAGUAGCAACAGGAGCAGUAGCAACAGGAGCAGUAGCAACAGGAGCAGUAGCAACAGGAGCAGCUCCUGAAUUCCCCAUGAGACUGGGUCAAGGCGUGACUUCUGAGUCGACUCAAAAGUCAACAGCAACAGCUCCCGAGGUUCCUGAGAGGCUAAGUCCAGGCGUGGCUGAUGAGAGGAGAGCAGCAGUGCAAGAGUCGGCUUUUGACGCGCCGCAAAAAGGGCCUGAGAGGCUAAGUCCAGGCGUGGCUGAGGAGAGGAGAGCAGCAGUGCAGGAGGCACGAGCUAUCCUACACGCAUUGAGGGCAAAAUGGUCCAAUCCCAGCCUUGCUGCCCGCCCUGCUCCUUCUGCUGUUGCUUCUCCUUCUCCUUCUCCCACCACCACUGCUGCUGCUGCUGCUGCUUCUUCUGCUUCGUCUCCCGCGUUUCCUCCUCUUACUACUGCUGCUCCACCUGCGCAUGCUCCUGCAUCUGCUUCAGCUGCUGCUGUUGCCAUGCUACACACAUCGUCACCGGCUGCCUCUAAGCCUCCCUCCCUCCGAAGUGGCUCUUUCACGAAGUCCGCUCUUAACGAAGGGCAAAUAGCACCAGGGGGACAGCAGGUGCCAGCACUAAUAGUGGAGAAGCCUUUGGUGAAGCAUGAGGGGCAGCGGGGAGGACAGACUCAGCUUCUGGUGAAGCAUGAGGGGCAGCGGGGAGUGCAGGCGAGUGCGCCACUUGGAAUGGGGGGAAUCAUGAGAGCUGCACAGCUGGAGGUCUCUGAUUGGCUGUCUGAGCUGGCAGAGGGCUCCCUGUCGGAUGGAGAGGAGUGUCUGCUUUAAGUUGUGAAAGUUUGAGGCAUGCGAUGGUACGAGGCAAUCCGACAUGUUGAAUCUGGUACUGGUAGUAUCAUUGUUGCUUCGCCAUGUGCACCUUGCGAGGCUAAUGACACAGUUGUGAGUCGGCAAGAAAACACGGAUCAUAAC